GAUCUGUCUGUAGAGCCUUUGUAGUGUCCGUGUCGUAUUGAGUUACCUUGGAAAAUUGAGAGAUCGGUCUGUACAAAAAAACCAGCAGCAGUGCUCGGGCUUGCUGUGAGGACUCGCUCGGCAGAUGGACCGCCACCGGGUGUUCCGGAUGCCAUGAUGGAUGCGGGCGGACGGUGUCUGUUUAGCCUGAGUGACACCGGGAAGAAGCUGUCAUCAACAACUACACGAAAACCAAACCUGCAGCCAGCCACCUCCGUCUCUGCCUCCAACAGAUCCCUCCCUGCUACUUCGUGCUGCGCACAUUUCCGCCAGCCUUCCACAAGUCUGCACACCAGGGUUGAUUUAACCAGCAGUUUAGAUCGUAUUAAGUCCAAUCGCAGCAGGAUUGAAGGCGUGCUGAAGGCUGCGAGUGUGUUAUGGAGUCAGAUGACGACGUGCCCCUCAUCCUGACCUGGGACGAGGCGAACAGCGGGCUGCUGAGCGAGGAGAGCGACCGAGCAGACGAGAAUGGAGGAGGCAAUUACGACAUAGUAAACAACGCAGUAAUCGCAACAUCAGGCCCACAAAACUACAGAGGCCACAAUGUGUCGCUGCGACAAAGCUGGGAGAUGAACUACCAGGAAGCAGCUAUCUACCUGCAGGAAGGGGAGAACAAUGACAAGUUCUUCACUCACCCCCGAAACCCCAAAGCCCUGGCAGCGUACCUGUUCGCCCACAACCACCUGUUCUACAUGAUGGAGCUGCUGACGGGCCUGCUGCUGAUGAUGCUGUCGCUGUGUGAGGCUCCGGCCGUGCCCUCGCUGCGCCUGGAUGUCUACGUCCACGCCACGCUGGAGCUGCUGGCUUUGGUUAUGGUCGCUUUUGAGCUUUGCAUGAAACUCCGCUGGUUAGGCUUCCACACCUUCAUACGACACAAGAGAACCAUGGUGAAGACUUGUGUGUUGCUGCUACAGUUCGUGGAGGCCAUAGUGGUUCUGAUCAGACAGACCUCUCAUGUACGAGUGACCAGAGCCCUCAGACCCAUCUUCCUGGUGGACUGCAGAUACUGCGGAGCUGUCCGCAGAAACCUACGUCAGAUCUUCCAGUCUCUCCCUCCUUUUAUUGAUAUCCUCCUGCUGCUGCUUUUCUUCAUGGUCAUAUUUGCUAUUUUGGGUUUCUGCCUCUUCUCUCCAAACACCGUUGACCCGUACUUCAACACUCUGGAGAACAGCCUCGUCAGCCUGUUUGUGCUGCUGACCACAGCAAAUUUCCCCGAUGUGAUGAUGCCGGCGUACUCCAAGAACCGAUGGUCCUGCGUUUUCUUUAUCGUUUAUCUCUCCAUAGAGCUCUACUUCGUCAUGAACCUGCUCUUGGCGGUGGUGUUUGAUACAUUCAACGACGUUGAAAAGAUGAAGUUUAAAUCUCUUCUGCUUCACAAACGCUCGGCCAUCGAUCACGCUUUUCAGCUGCUUGUUAGUCGGCAGAGGCCAAUGGGUGUGUCACUGAAACAGUUUGAUGGUCUGAUGCGAUUUUACAGACCGCGAAUGUCUGCAAGAGACCGCUUUCUCACAUACAAGGCUCUCAACACAUCAGGAGCUCCGAUGCUCAGUCUGCAGGACUUUUAUAAAUUCUAUGAAGUGACUGGCCUCAAGUGGAAGGCACGGCGUAGCGGAGAGCAUUGGUUCGAUGACCUUCCACACACAACCUUCCUCAUUUUCAAAGGCAUCAACUUGCUUGUGAAGUCAAAGGCCUUCCAAUAUGCCAUGUAUGUUGUGGUGGCCAUCAAUGGCGUAUGGAUCCUCGUGGAGACGUACACACUCAACAGUGGAUUUUCCUGGUCCAGAUUUGUUCCUUGGAGUUACAUUGUUUUUCUGACCAUUUAUGGCGUAGAGGUGUUAUUAAAAAUAUCAGGUUUGGGGCCCAUGGCUUAUUUCAGCUCUGGCUGGAAUCUGUUUGACUUCUCUGUGACGGUGUUUGCCUUCCUGGGCCUCAUUGCUCUCGCCUUCGACAUGGAGCCCUUCUACUUCAUCGUCGUUCUCAGACCUUUUCAGUUGCUACGGUUGUUUAAGAUCAAGCAGAGGUAUCGUAACGUGCUGGACACCAUGUUCGAGCUCUUUCCCAGGAUGGCAAGUCUGGGACUGACCUUGAUCAUCUUCUACUAUUCAUUUGCUAUCGUGGGAAUGGAAUUCUUUGCAGAUGUUGUUUACCCAAACUGCUGCAACACCAGCACAGUGGCCGACUCCUACAGACAGAUCAACAUCACAAAUGGCAACAAGACCGUUCUGGAAGAAGGCUACUAUUAUCUCAAUAACUUCAACAACAUUCUCGCCAGCUUUGUGACUUUGUUUGAGUUGACCGUGGUCAACAACUGGUACAUCACUAUGGAAGGAGUGACGUCGAUGACGAGCCACUGGAGCCGCCUGUACUUCAUGACCUUUUACAUCGUCACCAUGGUGGUGAUGACCAUCAUUGUGGCGUUCAUUCUGGAUGCGUUUGUGUUCCGUAUGAACUACAGCCGCAAGAACCGAGAACCACUCGACAAUCCGGAGGAUGAGAACGGGAUCGUGUUUGAAGUGGAGGUCGGUCGUGAUGAAGUCCUGGCCGCUCUGGAGCUGUACAGACAGAUCUGCCCGGCGCUGUCCUCCCUCAGCUCUCUACAGGGAGUCCUACAAGCUAUGGACAGGAGUGGGCACUCGUCUCUGGUGUACCUCGGCCGCAGGUCAAGGACGAAGAGUGACCUCAGUAUGAAAAUGUACGAGGAGGAGAUACAGGAGUGGUAUGCAGAGUAUUCGAGGGAAAACCUUCCUCAGCCAGACCAAAGCCUGGGACGGGAUGCGGACAGUCCCGUUUCUGUCCCUUCACCCGAGCCUCAGCUCAACUCGCAGACUGGACCGCACAGCAUCAACUGAUGCGCGGCGUGCCAGCGGUACCUUCACAUCUUCACCUCAGUGUUAAUUCUUCUUAACUUCCUCGAUCACUCCGAGCGUGCUCCAGUUCUUAAAACACCUACCAUCUGUCAGUGUAACGCGAGUUUGGGCCCUCUUGGACUGACGAGUGAUGAAGACGAGUUCGGCAGUACGGGACUGCUGCUCAGUUUGGGAGCGUUGAGCGUUGCCCUCACAUUUUUAAAAGACUGCGGCAGAUGCUUCCAGGAAGCCCGACGACCACAGUACGUUUGUGUAUGUAUACUACUGUCAGCCUUUUGUGCCCUUGUGUAAAAUCAUGUAGUACCUAAAACCCGAUGCCUUAGUAUAACGGCUCCUCUGAUCAUUAUUAACACCACCGCCACAGUUUUUUUUUUUUUAAAAGACCAAAACACUCACGACUCCUUUUAGCUCGACCAGAAAAUGGCAAACACUUCCUCUUAACCACUGUCACUCGAGAUAGUUUACUUUUAUAUAACUUCUAAUUCUUUAAUGUAUUUGGUUUAAUUAAUGAGGGAUUUUAAUAAACUGCUCAAACUCAAGCCUAUUUUAUGGGUAGCUGUACUUAUUACACUUCUUCUUUUGAUCAAGUGAGAAAAUGUGAUUUAUAAAAAAGAAAAAAAAAAAAAUACCAAACCAGCUUUUUUAAUCCCAAUCAGUA